UUUCUGAACGCUCUCGCUUCUCUGCAACUGCACCAAAAUGUUGAAAAGAUCUAUAACACACUGCAUAUUCGACAUGGACGGGCUGCUUCUUGACACCGAAAGCAUAUAUACCAAGGUCACCCAAACCAUUCUCGACAAGUAUGCCCCAGGAAAGACCUUCACGUGGGAUGUUAAGAGUCGACUAAUGGGGACAACGUCGUUUGAGAGCGCCAAGAUUGUUGUGCAAGUUUAUAAUCUACCCAUGAGCGUUGAGGAGUACCUGCUAGAGACUUCUGAAAUGCAAGAGAAGAUGUGGCCAGAGUGUGCGUUACUGCCUGGUGUCGAGCGCCUGGUCCGUCACCUGCACCACCACAAGAUCCCUAUCGCCGUCGCAACAUCGUCAACCCGCCAAAAAUACCUGCUAAAGACACAGAAUCAUCGACACCUCUUCGACCUAUUUGCCUCCGUGACUUGUGGUGACGAUCCAGACAUUCUUCGGGGCAAACCGGCACCGGAUCUGUUUCUUGCGGCCCAGAAAGCGUUGAAUGCCCCCAUUGCCGAAGCCUGCUUAGUUUUUGAGGACGCCGUGAAUGGUGUAGAAGCAGGUAAUGCUGCGGGUAUGCAUACGGUGUGGGUGCCGGAUGAACAGAUGGUUAAUGUCGUCGGGAGGGAAAUUGGUGCCACCCUGGUACUAAAUACUCUAGAGGAUUUUGAACCUGAAUUGUUUGAUCUACCAUCCUUUUGAGGCACCGUUUACAUGUAGACAGUGUCCUAUAGAUAGGUACAGGCAGAUAGAGAUUGCGAACAUGUGUAUUUAUUCAUCUGUGUCGAGAUUUUGAAUUGGAAAACUUCCGAUGUGCCAGCUUAGGGG